AGCUGAACAAAGGAUAGCUUUGAACAAUGCUGGGGGAGAAUUGUUUUUCUUUAUGAUAAAACUCUAUACUGAUGACAUUUUUAUUUGCACACACAACUAUCCAACCUCGCUCUAAUCUUCUCUCUUCCGUGAAGAGUAAUUUAUGUCACUUACACACCCAAGCGCACACAUACAAAUAAACCAGGUUGUUUUCCUACUGCUAUAAAGCAUAGAGAAUCUCCCUUGUGCCACAAAGUUGGCGCCCAACCCUAAAGCCCUACUACCCUGCUCCCACGCGAUGACCAUCAUCCGUGGCAUUUUAUGACUUUACUGCCUGACCCUCAAGUUAAUUUCGAGUGGCCGCGCCGUGGCUGGAUGGGCAUGCGCUUCCUGACAAGCCCAAUUAUUCUGAAUCAUUUCACUAAAGGGUCCAGAUGCUGCCUUGCUGUCGUCUCAGAUCCUGGGGGCCAUUAAGACACGCUGGUGCCUCCUAAUUGCCAUACACUUCUGCUUGAAUGGGCACCUACCCAUAUCUGUCUACCUGUCAUGCUGCACCCUGCCCCUUCAUGCCCACACACAUAUACACACACCAGUAUCACCCCACUUCCGCUCUCUAUACUAUUGUCACCAAAGGGUUGUCUCUGCCUCCCUGCUCUCUCGCUCAGUGCCAAGCCUGUGUGUGGAGGAGAGAGGGGUUUGCUAAAGAGUGAUGUGCUCACAUGGUGGGAACUAUCCUAUUGAUGCGCAUUGCAACUUCACAAGAGGAAUGCUGUCCACAAAUUGAAGCUAGAGGACUGAGGAACAGGAGAGGAUCUGUGAUUGGGCAUUGAGGAUUUACUGCAUGUACUUUGGAAUUUGUUUUCAACCCGAGUCGCUUUAAGAGAUCUUACUUUUAACAUCCAUUGCGUCUGCCACAGGACUAGUGUGUUUUUUUUCUUCCCAUCUCAAAUGAUUUUACUUGCAGAAUCGAGACUUCAGUUGCUUCUGAUGCAGUGCCUCCUAUGCUCCUGAACUCCUGAGCAGGAGGUGUGAGCCGAAGCGAUGCAAGUGCCCGUCAAGGACUUUGUCUCCCUGACGGUCUACUCCUUCACGUUCCUGCUGGGCCUCCCCUCCAAUCUGCUGGUGCUCUUCGUGUACUUUCGCAAGGCGCGCAAGCGAGGUGCCACGCCCAACGUGGUAUACGCACUCAACCUCUGCCUGGCUAACUUGGCACUGGUGGCCUGGCUGCCCGUCAAGGCCCUGGAGACUUUCCUCCAGGACUGGGCUCUUCCAUCGCCCCUCUGUCCCGUCUACAGCUUCUUCUUGUUCUCCUCGAUCUACGGCAGCUGCCUCUUCCUCACGGCCGUGACGGUGGGCCGCUACCUCAGCAUCGCCUUUCCCAUCAGCUACAAGCUGUACCGGCGGGGCCGCAUCUCCUGCUUCAUCAGCGCUGCCCUCUGGGCAGUGGUACUGUUGCACCUGAGUCUGGGCCUGGUGGCAGAAGGCGGGGGUGGUUUCGUGUCCACCUCCAGCCAUAAUGUGUCAGUCUGCUUUGAGAACUUCACCCAGGAUCAGCUGGACCUGCUGCUGCCAUUGCGCCUGGAGAUGGCGCUCCUCCUCUUCCUAAUGCCACUGGCCAUUACCGCCUUCUGCACGCUGCGCUGCGUAGCCCUGGUGUGGCGGUCCUGCUUGCCCGUCCUGGGAAAGAGACGCGUCUUGGCCGUGGCCCUUUCCACACUGGCUGUGUUUGUGGUUUGCUACGUGCCCUACAACGCCUCACACAUUGUGGGCUUUGUGCUGCAGGAGAACGUCCACUGGAGGACUGAGGCCAUGCUGUCCAGUGCCUGUAACGUCUUCCUGGAGCCUGUGGUCAUGCUGAUGCUCUCCCCGGCAACGCCCCGCGGCCUCAUGGGAAGGCUCUGUGGAAGGCCCAGCAGAUACAGCCGGACAGAGGGGCGCCAUUGUAGCAAAACCAUCACACGGGACCCUCUAGCUAAUGUGAGGGGAGUGGCGUCGCUGACCGACAGACAGACAGGAGCAAACAUUUCCAAGUUAAGUCAGGAAAAAUCUGCACAAACAAGACAUGUAAGACCUGUGAGUGGAAUUCAAAAAAUAAAUAGUUUAGGACAAAAUGAAGUGGAGAACUGAGGCUGAUGUGGAAAACACUUAGAAAUAGGACUGGUAGUGCUCAAAAUGGGCAGAGCUGAGGUUGGAACAAGUGACAGUCUAGAAAUCUGCACAAUUAUUGAUGACAAAAAGAAUAUAUUGUGUUCUCAUGAUACUGUAAGCUUUCUAUGCUCUGAAAUUAGAAAGUUCUACAUAACAAACCACAGUAUCAUGAUGACUCAUAUGAAGAACCUUUGUGGCUUAUGAACUGCGUGAAAGACAAGUGAGAUGUGGAAAAUUGACCAAAGGUUAUCUGAGAUGAGCCAGUGAUGAGUCCUCUACUGUGAUGGUCUGAUCUGGAUUGCGCCACCGGCAGAUGGGGCAGGAGGACAAUUUCAACUGAGUGACUAAAAUAGUUUGAAUGCAUUCUGGUAUAUUUUUGUUGGUUUACUGUAAGAAACUGGGUAUCUUUCUCUAUCUUAAAAAGGUAUGGUGAUAGAAAUGCCCUGUCAAUUCUCUGUCCAAAUAUUCUGUAGAUAAUUGAUCAAUAGGCAAAUGGUAUUAAACAGACACAUGUAAAUAGAACCAUCAUUUAUUGAUUGUUAUUUACAGCUUACACUGGGAGCUUUAAGGAGUUUACGAAGAUGAAUGUAACAUGUACUAAUUCAUUCUGAUCUGAAACUCUGCUGAACAUGAAGUUAAUCAGAAACAUGUCCUCAUUUUAUAUCUGACAGUCUGAGAAUCAAUACAUUUGAAAUCUCAACCAGAAACAGUUAUGACUAUAAUGAAUGUUUCUCUAAUCUCAAAAUGUGAAUUACUUGUUUAUAGAACCUGCUUCUAAUUGAGGAUUUGACAUUGCAAUAUUUACAUGUAAAUCACUACCUUCCUUGUGCAAGAGAAAUGCCCAAAUAAAAUAUAAA